GCUUGCAACAUUUUGUUCUGGACUGAAUACGGAAAAAAUAGAAAAAUAUUGGUGGCAGUGGCGAGGUGAACGUUUAUAGCUUGUGAAUGUUACUUAUUCAGCCUCACAGUAGCAAAACACAGUUAAAUAUGUAACUUAUUUUUAAUUGUAAAGCUGUCACUGUUGAUAACAUGUCGAAGAAUAUAGUUUUUGAAGGGUGGUUAACAAAAUCUCCACCGAACAGGCGUAUUUGGCGAACGGUGAGCUCAACUUUAGCUUGGCAUUUUACCUUUGUUGACAGAUGUGUUUUUUUGCUUAUUCAGCGUUGGCGAAGGAGAUGGUUUGCACUGCGCCAGUCGGGUGAACUGCCUGGGCAAUAUUUCCUAGAUUACUAUGCCGAUAGAAACUGUCGCCGGCUCAAGGGCACCAUCGACCUGGACCAAUGUGAGCAGGUGGAUGCUGGUCUGCAUAUGGAACGCCAGGGCCAGGCCCCCUGCAAUACAAACAUGCGUGGAUCCGUGUUCACGAUUCAGACACAACGACGAACCUACCACUUGGAGGCUGAAUGCGAGCAGGAGAUGGAGAAGUGGGUCGAUGCAAUCUGCCGCGUCUGCGGUCUGCGCGCCACGGAAAGUGCAACCCGCACUCCUGCUAGAACCAGAGUCCAAGAACCCUAUGAAAAUAAUACCACCGCUACGACCGCCUUCAAUGAUCACUACGAGUGCGCCGAUGGCACCGGCCCGUACAUUCCGAUAUCGGAGUGCAUCACUGGGGUUCGCGCUCAGGACGAACAGAGAGCUUUCACGUUUGAUACUAAGAAUAUAGUGGUGAGCACUCGCCCGGAAGGGCAGCAGUACACCAGUCAGCCACACAUUCGGAUCAACUCGGAGCUUUCGGAGAACGACUCCAACAUGAGUGACGAGGACGAUGGCUCCUUGCACGCUAGUCACCAGAACUUAACAGAGUGGGCUGUAACCAAAUCCUUUACCAAGCUCGCUGUGUCACCCAAAAAGAAUGGUUCCGAAGACGGACCACCUGUCCCACCGAGACCGCCUAAAACGUUUGCCACUAGACCUAGGGAAGUCGCUCCUAAGGAAAUCUUUCAAGGCCCAAAAAUACAAGAGCCUGUCGAGUUCCCAGACAAUGCCCAACAAGGUCAGAUUCGGCGAACGCAGCGCCGCAUGUCCCAGGGAGCGCCCGCCUCCCCGCGCCCGCUUGUCAUACCCGUUAUACGAUGCCCUGAAGAGGAGGAGGAAUUCUCACCUGGUCAUGCGUCGCUGCAGUAUUGCAACCUGCCAUCCUUACCGCCGGCGGUAGACCGAGCUCUGAAGCCACGCCAUUCAAGCCACAGCAUCGGCCAUAUUAAUUCUAUUAUGGCACAGGGUGGACUCAAACUAGCCGAUGAGAUGAAGCCAGAUGUUCUUCAAUAUCUUGAUUUGGACCUUCACACGUCGAAGCCACCACAGGGACAGCAGGCACGCAAGCCGGUCGAGAUCGCUCAUGGUAAGUCGAUGUCUUCAGUAGACACAAAUGCGUACAAAACAGUUGAUUUCCUGAAGACGGAGGCUUUCAACAUCACCCGCCAGGAUGCUGAGGCUUCCAGAAAUUGCCAACACUAGCAAAGAGCCCAAGCGAGGAGCGACCGGUCGAGGUCCGCCAGCUCCUUGUUUCGCCGCUAAACACGACACGUGUUACCAACGGGCCUCACAAAUUCCAAAAACUGAAUUAUUUUCUUUCUCUAUCCUAUUUUCCAGUGACGUGGCAUUUAAAUUGGAGAAAAAGACUUUGAAAGCUUUAAAAGAGUUUACGGGAGCUUUAAAAGUAUUGAAUGUUAGGGUUUGGAUGUUGCUACGUUUUUAAUUUGCGCUUUCACAGUUAUUGUAGAUGGAUAAAACAAUGCUUAUGGAUGGAUAAACUAAUGAUAUGGCUAAUAUAAACCUGAAUGUUUAAGCUCUAUAAAUAUUUCCAAACGCAUUUCAAGUUUGCGUGUAAUUAUGUCAUAGAUUUCUGAUAAUCUCUUCUAUGCGUAAAUAUGAAUGAUUACUUCAUCUCAGUGUUUUCAUGAUAUGUUGACAAGCUGGAUUUGUCUGCAUAUUAAACUUAUUUAUAGUAAGAGACUUUCGGUUUACAGAUAAACUUUGAAGUAUUGUGUUUUGUGUACUUAAUAGCGUGGAAUAAUACGUUUUGCGUUACAAUGCAUGACAGAACUACUUAUAGCCUUUAUUAAAUUUUGUUACCAAUAUGAUUAAUUUUAUUAUAAGCAAGCCUGCUUUGUAUUUCAUGUUGUAAAUAGAUUUUAAGAAAUAAUAGAUAUUUAAUUGAACAUACUACUAUUAUGUACUCCAUCUAUUUAAAAAUACAUAUAUUUCAAGGAAAAUAUACAGGGUGUGUCGUUCACAAUCACAUUAAAUCCUAUCGUAUAUACUCUAUGAUAUUCUAUGGCGAAUUGUAAAAAAAAUAAC